AUGAAGCUUAAGACUUAUAUUCUCCCUUUGCUUUUACUUCUUCUUAUAUCCUAUUAUGUAACUGCUACUGAAACUUCUCAAGAUGACAAAAAAGCUAAUGAAGUGAAAGAAGCCAGCAACCAGUACAACGGAGGCGGACACGGAGGCCGAGGCGGCUGGGGAGGCGGAGAACAUUGUCAUUAUGGCUGCUGCGGCGGUUAUAGCAAACGUGGUUGCCAGAAAUGUUGCACCCCUCAAGAAGCUGGUGAAGGUGAUGGUGAUGGUUAUGGUUACGGCUGGGGAGGACGUGGCGGUGGUGGUGGCGGGUGGGGCGGACGUGGAGGUGGUGGUUGGGGAGGUCGUGGCGGUGGUGGUUGGGGAGGACGUGGCGGUGACGGAGGCGGUGGCUGCCGACAUGGAUGUUGUAAUCGUGGUAGAUAUGGAAAUUGCUACCAAUGUUGUUACUCAGCUGCAGAAGCAAAAGCCUAUAAUGAAAAUGAAGCUCAACCUUAA